AUGCAGACCUGGGAAUGGGGACACAUGUCUGCCUUCUGCAUUAUAGAUGAAGCCCGCAUUAUUUUAUAUGUCCAGGGAAUGCUGGAAUCACCAACUCGAUCUUUGAGCAUGGAUGCACCACGAGGAGUUAAUAUCAAAGCGCCAGCUGGGAAUAUUGAAGCGCUUUCCCAGAUGGAUAUCAAACUACACAGCAGUGAUGGUGUGCUUUUGCUUGAUGCUGAAACUGUGCGACUGCCCAGAUUGCCUGAGGGUACAAGGGGUGGAUCCGGUAUUUCUCAGGGGCUUUAUGAAAUCUGCGUGUGUCCAGACGGAAAGCUCUACUUGUCUGUGGCUGGCGUGGGCUCCACUUGCCAAGAAUACAGCCGUGUCUGCCAGUGA